CGUACAAACAGAUCAUCAAAGAUGUGGAUCCUUCCCUCCCCAAACUCUUCAAAACUUGCCAGGUCUUCCAGUCAUCGUGGUGCCGAUGCCCAACGAUGGACCACAAGGCACAUACUCGAGGGGGACAGCGGACGGCCGAGUGCCAGGGGUGUUUACAGCAAAUGUUCUGAGACCUGGAGACAUACCAAAAUUCAGCUUGUUGGCGCUGACAAUGCAUGAAGCGAGCCCAGGUCAUCAUUUACAGAUCAGCUAUUCUCUGACCUCAAACAUGCCAAGCUUUCGUAAGAACGCCGUGUUCGACAUGUACUUGGAUACACCUGUGGGGUUUCCUAUCUUCGCCUCUUUCAGCGAGGGAUGGGCGUUGUAUGCAGAAGGCCUCGGCGAAGAAGUGGGACUCUACAAGGACGACAUGGAAUUAAUGGGCCGAUACAGUUCAGAGAUAUUCCGCGCUUGCCGACUGGUCGUUGACACUGGGAUGCAUUAUUUCAACUGGGAGAGAGAACAGGCCAUUCAGUAUGUCCUCAACUACACCGCCUUCACCUAUGCGACAGCCGCGACAGAGAUAGACCGCUACAUCACAUGGCCUGGCCAAGCGCUCACCUACAAGAUAGGCGAAUUGAAGAUCCUGGAGCUGAGAAAACGUGCAGAGCAAAGACUUGGGAAUCAGUUUAACAUCCGGGACUUUCACGCCGUCAUUCUAGAGAACGGAAGAAUGCCUCUGAAUGUCUUGGAGGAAAUUGUGGACGAUUGGUUGGAAAACUACGUUCCCAUGACAACGGAAAGACCACCUGUCGUGUGUAGUGGUGCUGGGUCGCAUGGAGUGUUGCCUCAGCUGCUUGCUGUACUGAUCUUGCCAUUCGUACUCCGCAGUAACGUAUGACUGUGCCGGAAGUAAUAUAAUCAGAUAACCUUGUUCCUGCACAUAAUUUACAUAGAUGCACCUUGAGGCACAUGGCAUAUGUUAGGCAAACUGACCGCUUUAAUUUCCAUAUGCAAUAGUUUGUAUGUUUUAUUUUGUUUUGUUUUGUUUUGUUUUGUUUGGCAAACCG